AUGAUCGGAAAGUGGUGGAGAGCUCUCGGAACCGCGAGGAAGUGUGGUGAUGGUCGGUACAACGGCGUAAGGACGAUGGUUGGAAAAGCCUCGGACCGAGCCGGUGUUCAUGGUUCAAGGACUCCCGACGCUAAAUCACUUGACAAUGCUCGCUUAAAGGAUCCAACGGCGAUGAUGGAUCCUCUACCCGAUGUUGCAACUCUACAAGCUUAUCUUACUCCAUUGGGUUCUCAAAGUACCAUCAUCCAUUCUAAAUUCUUACAAAUCCCAUCGAGACAACAACAAUCGGGCUUCUCUAACCAUUUAAAUCUCUCUAAAUCCAACAAAAUCGACGAAGCCAUUGUCACAUUGUCUUCACCGUCUGAUUUCUCUACUCCCGAGGCUUACACAGACGUUCUUCAUGCUUGUAUCUCCGCUAAAUCGCUUCACCAUGGCAAAAAAAUCUGCUCUUUGGUUCUAAACGACCCUCGUCUCCGUCACGAACCUAAACUGCUGAGCAAACUCAUCACCCUUUUCUCUGUUUGCCGCCGAUUGGAUCUCGCUAAGAAAAUCUUUGACGAUGUAAACGAUUCGACUUUUCUUACUGAGGAAGUUUGUGCAGCCAUGGCGAUUGGGUACUCUAGAAACGGGUUACCGAGAGAGGCUUUGCUUGUGUUCGUGGAUAUGUUGUGUAGUUUCAUUGAUGCAGGGGAUUUUUCGAUUUCCGUUGCGUUAAAAGCUUGUAUUGAUCUGAAAGAUCUUCGGGUUGGUAGAGGAAUCCAUGGUCAGAUUGUCAAACGGAGGGAGAAGGUUGAUCAGGUGGUGGAUAACGUUCUCUUGAAGCUUUACAUGGAACGUGGUUCGUUCGAAGAUGCACGCAAGUUGUUCGAUGGAAUGUCUGUGAGAAACAUUGUUACUUGGAAUUCUUUGAUUUCGGUACUUAGUAAGAAAGUUAAGGUUCAUGAGAUGUUUAAUCUGUUUAGAAAGAUGCAGGAAGAGAGAAUUGGGUUUAGUUGGGCGACUCUCACGACGAUAUUGCCUGCUUGUUCACGUGUCGCUGCUCUUCUUUCCGGGAAAGAAAUCCAUGCGCAGAUUCUUAAAUCGAGAGAGAAGCCUGAUGUUCCAUUGCUUAAUUCAUUGAUGGAUAUGUAUGGGAAGUGUGGGGAAGCUGAAUACUCUCGGAGAAUCUUUGAUGGGAUGUCAAGUAAGGAUUUGACUUCAUGGAACACAAUGCUAAACUGUUAUGCAGUCAACGGAAAUAUCGAAGAGGUAAUACACCUGUUUGAUCGGUUGAUAGAGUCAGGAGUCGCACCAGAUGGGAUUACCUUUGUUGCUUUGUUAUCGGGGUGUAGCGAUACAGGUUUCACGGAAUAUGGUUUAAGUUUGUUUGAACGCAUGAAAACCGAAUUCAGAGUUUCACCGGCCUUGGAGCAUUAUGCUUGUUUGGUUGACAUCUUGGGCCGAGCGGGUAAAAUCGAAGAAGCGGUCAAGGUGGUAGAAAUGAUGCCCUUUAAGACAAGUGCAUCCAUUUGGGGAUCUCUGCUCAACUCUUGCAGGCUCCAUGGGAAUGUGAUAGUGGGAGAGAUUGCAGCAAAUGAGUUGUUUGUUCUCGAACCUCAUAAUCCAGGGAACUAUGUUAUGCUUUCUAACUUAUACGCUGAUGCAAAGAUGUGGGAUAAUGUCGAUAAGAUCCGAGACAUGAUGAAACAAAGAGGGAUCAGAAAAGAAGCUGGUUGCAGUUGGGUACAGGUUAAAGAUAAGAUUCAAAUCUUUGUUGCAGGAGGUGGAUACGAGUUUCGUAAUUCAGAUGAGUAUAAGAAAGUAUGGACAGAACUACAAGAAGCAAUUGAAAAAUCCGGUUAUUCGCCGGAUACAAAUGUGGUGCUUCAUGAUGUUGAUGAAGAAACAAAGGCUAUUUGGGUUUGUGGACACAGCGAGAGACUCGCGACUACCUACUCUCUAAUUCACACCGGUGAAGGGGUUCCAGUUAGGGUUACCAAGAAUUUGAGAGUAUGUGCAGACUGCCAUUCAUGGAUGAAGAUUGUAUCGCAAGUAACUGGGAGAGUCAUAGUCCUUAGAGACACAAAGCGAUUCCACCAUUUCGUUGACGGCAUCUGCUCAUGUAAAGACUACUGGUGA